GGGUUUCGUUUCCUCGGCGCUGCCUGGGGAGAGUCGCCAGACUUUCAGACUCUCGCUCUCCGCGGCUGCUGUGCACGUCCCGUCGGGGCUCCGCGAGCGCCAUGGCUGAGCUGUGCCCGUUGUCCGAGGAGCUGUCGUGCUGCAUUUGCCUGGAGCUCUUCAAGGACCCGGUCACCACCCCAUGCGGCCACAACUUCUGCAUGUCAUGCCUGGACGAGAGCUGGGCCGUCCAGGGCGCACCGUACCAGUGUCCCCAGUGCCGCGCCUCCUACACCGCGCGCCCGCUGCUGCACAAGAACACGGUGCUAUGCGCCGUGGUGGAGCAGUUCAUGCAGACCGAGCAGACGCGGGCGCCCGCCGGUGACUGGAAGCUGCUCUCCCGCUCCCCAGCCCCAAGCACUGCCGCUCAGGUGUCCUGCGACCACUGCCUGAAGGAGAAGGCCGUGAAGACCUGUUUGGUGUGCAUGGCCUCCUUCUGCCAGGAGCACCUGAAGCCGCACCUCGACAGCCCGGCCUUCCGGGACCACUCACUGCAGGCCCCCGUCCGAGACCUGCAGCUCCGCAAAUGCCCCCAGCACAAUCGUCUGCGGGAAUUCUUUUGCCCGGAGCACAGCGAGUGCAUUUGCCACAUCUGCCUGGUGGAGCACAAGGUGUGCUCACCCACGCCCCUGAGCCAGGCCAGCGCUGACCUGGAGAACAAGCUGAGGCAGAAGCUCAGCAUCAUGUGCAGUCAAAUCAGCGGGGCAUCCCGAGCACUGGAGGACGUGCGAGCCAAAAAGCAGAGCGUGCAGGAUGCUGCAGGCCGGAAGAUUGAGCAGGUGAAACAGGAAUACCGGGAAAUGAAGAUGCUCAUUGACUCCUCCGAAGUCAACACUAUGCGCAAGAUAAAGGAAGAGGAGAAGAGGGUCAGCAGCAAGUUCGAUACCAUUUACCAGAUUCUGCUCAAGAAGAGGAAUGAGAUCCAGACCCUGAAGGAUGAGCUCGAGCUCAACCUGGCCGUGGGGGAUGAGUUCGAGUUUCUGGAGAAAGCAUCCAAACUGCAAGGAGUCUCCACGAAGUCAGUCUACGUCCCCCGCGUGGAACUGGACCAUGAGCUGAUCAAUGGUGUCUGCCAGGGCACCGUGGGCCUCAAGAAUGAGCUGAAGCGAGCCGUGCGGCAGCUCCAGGACAAGAAGCUCGAGGAGGCCUCCAGCUCAGGGGACUCAGGAGACCAUGGUUCAGACUCCAGCCAGAAAGGCCAACGGCUUGCAAAGAAACUAUCACCACAUGACAAGAAGUACAAGAAAGUUUCCCCAGCCCAACCUCCAGCCAUUAUCCCGGCCCCUGCCGAGAAGAUGCCCAUCUUUGGUGCUCCUGGACAGGCGGUGGAUUUGAAAGCAGCUGUCCCAGAUGCUCCAGCCAAAGCUGUUGACUUCCAAGCUGUUAAGGCCAAGGUGCUUGAAAACUUCUUAGCCAAGUCCAGACCCGAGCUCCUGGAUUAUUCCGUGAAAGUCAUCCUGGACUACAACACGGCCCACAACAAGGUGUCUCUGUCUGAGAACUACACGGUGGCCUCGGUGGCAGACAUGCAGCAGCACUACCGGUCGCACCCGCAUCGCUUCACGUAUUGCUCGCAGGUGCUGGGCCUGCACUCCUACAGGAAGGGCAUCCACUACUGGGAAGUGGAGCUGCAGAAGGGCAACUUCUGCGGGGUGGGCGUCUGCUACAGCAGCAUGGAGCGCCAGGGCCCUGAGAGCCGCCUGGGCCGAAACGCCGCGUCCUGGUGCGUGGAGUGGUUCAACAACAAGAUCUCCGUGUGGCACAACAACGCCGAGAAGACGCUGCCUUCCACCAAGGCCACGCGCGUGGGCGUGCUCCUCAACUGCGACCACGGCUUCCUCAUCUUUUUCGCCGUGGCCUCCGACAAGGUUCACCUGAUGUACAAGUUCAAGGGGCUGGACUUCAGCGACGCCCUGCACCCGGCCUUCUGGAUGUUCUCCGCGGGGGCCAAGAUCUCCAUUUGCCCCCUCAAGUAGGGGGGCCCCCAAGCGCGGGUGACCACCUGCGCGGGCUCCUGAGACCCCUGGGGGAGGGGGACUCGCCCUGGAGAGCUCCCCUGAGCCCCCCCCCCCGAAGGCGGGGAAAGGAGGCGGGGCUGGGGGAAGGCAGGGGCUCAGCCAGGGAGGAGGGCAAGAGAGUGUGGUACUUCCUGUGCCAAACCAUGGGGGUGGUUUGUGUCCUCCUCCUUGCUCUCCUAGAAAAAUCCCUCGGUUGCUGGGAAGCAGGGAACAGCUUGGGGGAGUAAAGCCACUUGUGCCCUUUUCCUCUCAUAGAAGGACUGAUACCCAGGUCAGAUUCUUCUCAGGCUACAGGUACCUGCCCUUCAGCUCCCUGGGGCCCCCUUCUGGCCUUGGUGUUUGAUUACUCUCUGUGGUGAUGGUACACACCUGUCAUCCCAGCAUGAGGGAGGCUAGGGCAGGAGGAUUGCCCAGCCCUGCCUGGCAGAAUCAUUGACUAUAUACAUAUAUAUGUAUAUAUUCUGUCUUUUUUGGUGCUGGGAUAUGAACCCAGAGCCUCGUGCCUGGGAAGCACAUGCUGUACCUCUGAGCUGUGUGACCAACCUGGGUCUCAACAUCCCCAGGCCCACGUCCCGCUACUCCCCAUGUAUUGGGCCCCCGUCACAUGGUUCUUCUCUGUGUUUGAGGGGGGCCAUGGACCUCAGGUGCCUACAUGGAUCAGAGUUUCCCAAAGAAGCACAUCCUUUUCCUCCACGGGAAAAUAGCUCUUUUUUCCUUCUAAGCUGUUCCUUCUGUUACCACGCUGGGGAUUUAAAAAGUGUUCAGGUGAAACUUUGUGGUUAAGGUUCGUGAUCUGAAUCAGGCUGGAUGGCAUUUGUGCUUAUAUCAGGGCCAACCUGGUCCAGUUUGGAUGGAACUUCCUCCCUCUUCCAAGUUUUGCAAAGGGGCGACACAGACCCUGGCUUCCCAUAGCCAAGGUGACAGGGCUAGUGCCCCCAACCCAUGUGCCUUGCCUUGGUCAUUGUCCUCCAUGGUGGUACCCCUCCCCAGGACAUUGAUAUUGGAUUGACUGCUGUCCAUGCCACCAUGGCUGACAUGGUCUAGCAGCCACCUGAGCCAGUUAUCCCGAGUAUGCUGUCAUGCAGUCAGACUGUGUGUGGCUGCCACUGACACCACUUGCUUGGGUGCCUCUUUAUGACCCCAAGGGCCUCAUGGCUGGCCCAGUGGGAGACAGAAAUGUUUCUGUCCAUCCCUGGCCACAGGUGGAUGACCUGGCAUGGAGCUUCCUGUGAGCAUGAGGUCUGUUGCCACCCCUGGGCCCUUCCGUGGUCAUCCCCACUUGAGCUAUUUCUGGAUGUCACGUGGACCAGGCUCAUGGUCAGGAAGACUUUUAAGGAUCAGGGAAGGAAUGAGCUAAAAAGGGCCAGGCAAAUGGCUCUUUUUCUCUGUGGUAUUUUAUGCAUUAAAAGUGAGUCAGUCUGCUAGGGUAGGAGGGGAUGGGUUGGUAGAAUUUUCCCAUAUCUUGAUGAUGUGAGGAUGUUAAAUUCCUACCCCGAAGGCUGGGGAUCUAGCUCAGUGGCCCAGCAGUUGCCUGGCAAGUACAAGGUCAUGAGUUUGAUGUUCAGUUAAAAAAAAAAUCCCUACCCCAACUUGUAAAGAAUUUCACUUCUUGUGACUUGAGUUCAGCUUUGGGCUUUCCCAAGAGAAGGGACGCACUCUGUUGGGUAUCUUAGGGCAUGAAAAGAGGUCACCAUUGGGAAUAUAGGGACCCCAGAUGUUUUCAUGUGGAUACUGAGAACAUAGCACAUCUCAGGCCUUGUGCUGGAAUCCCAGGGUUCCGAGCCCUUGGUAUUCCUGACAUGUGGGAUCUGUGCCAUCUCCCAGGAAGAAUUUUCAAUUCCUUGGGAAAGGAAGAAUCUUUGUAGGGAAGAUGUUCCUGGCAUAACUGAUUAGUUUUCUUCUUUUGCUCUGAGGAAGAAAACUUCUUUGGUGGUGCAUGCUUCUCUGGCUUUGAAGAUGUCUAAAGCAUCUUUACUGAUCCUGUGAACCAAGCCCUGGCUGGAGCUUAGUCACACUGGCCUGGAGGAGUUGGAUGCCAGGGGUAUCCCAUGGCUCUUGCUAGAGCCUUCUUCUGCAGGAUGAGGGUGACAGAGAGGGCUCUUCCCUGGAAGGUAUGGCACUCAGAACAGGGGAGUCUGUGACCCUGUACUUGUCACCAAAGCUGAGCUCCAUGCAUGGAGCUUUGCGAUAGACUGAGGCAUGCACCUGCUGUCUGCAGUGGGGAGGCCUUCAUGGUCCAACCUUGCUGUCCCAUUAAAUGGUUCGGAUUGGAGGAACCUUUGUAUUCUUGCAGCUUCUCGUUUUGCAGAAUCAGGCAGGUGAGAUGGUAGAAAAUGGCUCUUUCUCUGCUCUCUGCCACUGCAUUAUGGAGGAGAAGCCUUUUGCUGUGAGUGCGGAAAAACCCUGGUGUCCUGCGGAAGUACCUGAAAUUCCCAGAAGCACCAACGCAAAACCCCCUCCUCCAGUACCAGGACUGUCUCAGUCCCUCUGGCACGACAAACAAAGGUCAUGGGCAAGUCUUGCAGUAUUAAGAUUGACUGACCAUUCGUGCCUGUUGUGAUUACUCUGAAGUUAUCAUCUAUAACGAAUUCAGAUAUGUAAUCUUUUUACCUUAUUUCCCUGCCUGCUAUUGGUUUUAGCUAAUCAGAAAUAUUUGAACCAUGAUUUCUUGAGCUUUUUUUUUUUUUUUUUUUUAAAGAAUCAAUUCUUUCAGGAGAUAAUCAUGGCUAUAACCAGGGCAAGGCUGGCUGUGGAGGCUCAGAAGCAUUAAAGGCAAUGAAGCCGUGUCAGGUUUUCUCUUUCUGGGACUGCCAUGCAGUGGGCAGGAUUCCUGGAUCCAGCAGAUGAGGCCCCGCUGUUGAGGGCUUCUGCUCAGAGGCCCUGAGUUGCACAGCACCUGGGGGUUGUGACUCGGGAGCCUGCUGACUGAUGGUAUGUCUGGGCUUGACUGCAGUCAGUGCCUGGGGGAGUAUCGGGGAGUCACAGGGAGAUAGGUAUCAGUGCAGCAGUGGAAUGGAAGGUACAUUUUCCUUUCUACUGUUGGAUGCUUUCAAACCUGAACCUGCCUGGGCAGCCACAGGCCCUGUUCCAGGGAUCUUGUCUUUGUUUGGAUCAGAGUAGGUCUUUCAGGAGAUACGGGUUCAAGGUUGCUGUCCAUCAAAGAAUACAACUGCUCAUUCCCCUGCUUGGGGGAGGGCACUCCGUCCUUGUCCUUGCUGGGACUUCUAGAGUGACAGAAGUGUCUCCCCAUGAGUCCUUAAGCCAGGUCUGAGUUGAUAGCAGGAGGUUUGAUGGCUCAGGGUGGGGCUGGCUGCUGGGAGGACUGGAUAGGGGGUGUGAGCAGAGCCAUCCAGGUCUCUGGGAUGGAGUAGGAUCCAGAGCCAGCGCUCAGUCACUUGGCCAGGGCUUUAACCUGUCGAGGUGACUAGUCCUGCCUGCAGAAUGACAUUCUGAUCCCAUCUGUAGCAGAGGCUCUGAGUGCUUCCUGGCUGGUAAGCAGGGCUGGGCCAGGAGAGUGAUGUUUGCUGGCUCUGGGGUUUUGGCAAGAUGCUCUGAGUUUGAAUCCUCCCUGAUCUGGCCCUGUAUGUCUGUAUGUCCCCUUCUUUAGCUGCUUCUGAUUUGUACCCUUUAUAAUAAAAUUAUGAUUUUCAAAUA